AUGGAUGAUGGAUUUGCAGUUUGCGGCGUGGAGUCUCGGAAGAAGGGGCACCACCACCACGUGAAGCCAGCGUACAGCGGGCCCAGCCUCUACUCGUUCGGCGACUCGUUCGCCGACAACGGCAACCUCCAGAAGACGGAGCCGAUCUCCGAGCUCUCCCGCCAGUGGUACUUCCCCUACAACGCCACCGGCCGCUUCUCCAACCUCAUGGUCCAGUCCGACUUCAUCGCGAACAUGCUGGGGCAGACGGAGGCGCCGCCGGCGCGGAAGCUGCUGGUGAGCAACCCGAGCCCGGGGGGGAUGACGUUCGCCGUGGGCGGCGCCGGCGUGUUCCCCGUGGAGCAAGGCGUGUCCUCCCUGGGCGAGCAGGUGGACUCCUUCGCCGUCCUCGUCGAGGACGGCACCAUCCCGGAGUCCCACCUCCGCAACUCCGUCGCCCUCAUCGCCCUCUCCGGCCUCGACUACAACCGCGUCCGCGCCGACAGCACCAACUCCUUCGCCGACAUUACGGCGUUUAUUGCCAACGUGACGAGCGAGAUCGCGGCGAGCGUGCAGCGGCUGCAGGAAAUGGGGGUGAAGAAGGUGCUGGUCAACAACCUGCACUCGCUGGGCUGCACGCCGGCGGGGGCCCGGCCCAGGAAGUACAAGGCCUGCGACGAGCAGGGCAACGUCGGCUCCGACAUGCACAACCACUACCUCGCCGAAAGCCUCGCCGGCAUCGACGACGUGCUCAUCCUCGACGUCGGCGCCGCAUUCUCCAGCAUCGUCAGCCACCACGGCGACGGCAGGGGAGGGAAAGUGGCGACGCAGUUCAAGCACAAGCUGGCGCCGUGCUGCGAGAGCGUGAGCAGCAAGGGCUACUGCGGGGAGGUCGGGCCGGCGUCGGAUUACGAUCAGACGGCCACCAAGCUCUACACGCUGUGCGACCAGCCGGAGCGAUACUUCUUCUGGGACGACGCCAACCCGUCGCAGGCCGGCUGGGAGGCCGUCAUGGGCCAGCUCCAGGGGCCCAUCAAGGAAUUCCUCAAGCUCUAGGGACAGAAACUAGAUCCGAGAAUUUCUCGGUUUGGAUUUAUUUUUUGGGGUUUCAUCGAGUCAUGCAUGUCUGUCUCCUAGGAUUGGAUUGGAUUUCGAGCUUGUGUUUUGAUGGUCGAA